AUGAUCAAAUUAGUGAAGACUGGUCCAGACAGCCUUAUCGAGCGCUCGCAUCCUGAGCCGCGCACACCGGCCGAUCGAGGAACAAACAUACCGCGAUCGUCCCGCGCACAUCAUCCACGUCCCCCAAGUCCAUGGCCGAGCUCACGUACCGACCCGGGAAGCAACAACCCGCGGUCGAGCCGUUCUUGCCUCGCCACCACAAGCCGUGCACGACCGCGCCGCGCGAACCGGGAAGCAAUGUCUCGCGGACGCGCGGCACACACCACGUCCCGCGGCCGAUCUAUCCGUCCGACCAGGAAGGCUUCGUCACACGACCGGCCCAAAAUCAUCCAUCCGUCCGACCCCGUCGGCCGAACGCGAAAACUCUCGGCCACGAUCGUUCCGACCGUGCCGAUAGCCGACCACGACCCGAUAGCCGGCCGAUUGUCCUGA